GGAAUUUCAAUGGUGAGAAAAGAGUUCUUCUCUCACUUCUGAAGCCAGCUGAACAUAAAAUUCAACGAGUCACCGCUUUCGAUCGCAGUUUCCAUUUGGACUUUGAAAGAAGCACGUCUAUCAAAGUAGCGAAAGAAGCGAACAGAACAAACCGAACGCACAGUGAAUUUCGAAUAAUUAUCGUGGAAUCGGAAUAGAAAGAGUGAAGAAGCAGAGAAUUAGACGGUUGAGAAAAUUGUUGAAGAAAAGGUGAAGUGUUAAAACAAUUUUGAAGAUUGAACUAGUUGGAUUAAAGUCAAGGUUAAAUUGAUUACUGCUGAAGUUCUAAAAGGUCGUUAAUAUGUUACGUUUUGUGUGCAUUUUGGCCGUUUCGAGCUUGUUCACAUUGGCUGCAGCUAAGAACUUGAUCAGUGUUGUUAGAAAAGAUCCACCGCAUGACAAAACAGUCGUCUGCACCACAUCAAUAUCGUCCCAAUUGAAAGAUUCCAAGUUUAAAAUCGAAAAUGUUGAUCUAAAACUGUGUACGCAUCUCGUCUGCGUUGAUAAUAUUUGGGAUAAAUCAAUCGAACCAUGGGUCUCGAGAGAUAGCAAAAUUGAAGGCCAUUAUAAACGCUACACUAGUUUGCGGCAUCAAUAUCCACACUUAAAGGUGUCUUUGGCUGCCAAAUAUCCGCUCGAUGAGUACGUUCGACACGCGGCAAAUCCAGAACGUCGCAAGAGAUUUAUUGAAAGAGCAACCGAUUUCAUUUUGAAUCACAAAUUUGAUGGGUUGGAUUUAAUUUGGGACUUUUCUGAAGAUAGGCUUCACAGUUUAACUGGCAAAGAUAACAUCCAACAGUUCAUGCGAGAGUUGAUGGAAAGUUUCGAAACGCAAAAUUUGUUGCUCACAUCAACAUUUAUUGCGUUCAACAAAGACCAAGCGGAAAAACUCAACAUUCCAGCCUUAUCUGAACACUUUGACCGUCUUCAAUUCGUGCAACAGUAUAACUUUGUUGAAACAUGGCCCGGUAGCUAUCGCGUCCAAGAUGUCUUGAAAUCACGGAACAUUUCAAAUUUGGAGGAAACCAUUGACUAUUUGAUUGAAUCGGGUGUACAACCGGCAAAAAUUGUGUUGGGCCUUCAAUUCAUUGGCCUAUCCUUCCAUGCAGUGUUGGAUCUCGCUCCAAAAUCGGCCACAUUUAGAAGAGCAAUGACCUACGAUGAAGUGUGCCGCACUUUAUCAAACGCUAAAAAUUCCGAAUGGGAGAAAUUCUACGAUGAUCAAGUUGGAUUGGCCAUUGCAAAGGACGAGUCGAAAUCGUGGCGCGGCAUUUUGAAAUCAACAAACGUUGUAAUCUAUGAAUCAGCCCGUUCAAUCGCAAACAAGAUCCAAUUUGCAGUAGACCGAAAAUUAGGCGGCGCCAUGGCUUUCCCCAUUGAAAUGGAUGACUUCCGUGGUAAUUGCGGCAUUGAAGAAGAAGCAUUCGCCGAUUUUGAAUUGGGCGCUAAACUCAACAUUCCAAAUCGACACAAUGCCACUCAUUCUCUUCUUAAGACCAUUAGCUAUGCAUUUGAAGUCGCUCCGUAUGCAACCGCUCAGGGCCGAUCUCCGUCAAAGGACAAAAUCUACUACGAAGAUAAUCGAAUCAAUGAAAUCGACUCGGAUGCCGAUGUAACAGCUAUGAUCCCAGAACAAUACAAACCAUUGAUCCCGAUCGUAUUUUCGAUGAAUGACGCAAUGGUCGUUGGAUAUGAUAAAAUGAAAGAGAAAGCUGAACUUUACGAUAAAGACCAAACAUACCAAAAUCUCAUGUUCCUUUACAUGCUGAAAUUCUCGCGAAUGCUUUUCUUAGUUCUGAGCGGCGCUCUAUUCGGCAGAUUCUAUUAAUAUCAAAGCAGAAGGUUAAGAAAAUAAGUUAAAAAGAAAUUUGUUGAUAAUUUUUUUUGGGAA